GCGCCAAAUUUGCUUCCAUCAUGGUAAAAUUUUUGUGAGUUCUCUUCAUUUUUCAAUUAAAAGUAUAUUGUAAAAGACUUGAAGAGCAACCUCUCCGUCUUAUUUCGAUGGAUCACAGGGAAGAACCUGAUUUCUUACUGAGCGGGGAAACUGCAGGAGCCGACGAGAGUGAUGAAGAAAUUGAAGUUACUGCCGCUGAGGUUCUCGUUCAACUUGAAAAUGUAAGAUCGAUUUCAGUAAUUGUUUUCCCUUUUUUAUCGAUAAGGCUGACCGAUUCUCUAUUUUAACGACUAAAAUGUCACCUAAACAGAAGCAUAACUUUAUCGUGGGUUUUGUUUUAUUGUAAUUUACACCGUGAUCAUAAUUUCAGUAUAUACCAGUUGGGCCGUUUCUUCAACGAAGUCGAACUCUCGCCGCGGCUUUAGACAAUCAAUGCACCUCGAGAUUUCUUUACAUGUGCUUUGUUUGAAACGAAUACAUGUCUUUGCUCCUAUAUAAACCUUCUUCAUAUUCAUCGCGAAAAUCAGUGUUAAGAUAAUUCGUUUCAACACAUUUGGUCAAGCAAGAACCACAGCAAACAACCAAAUAACUGUGUGCAUACUGAUGUAAGGGGUUCAUUGGAAGCCUCGCCCAUUGUUUAUCCCCACGCCUCCUCCAGAAUUUGAAUGGUUCAUUUUUUUUUGCCAGCACCUCUGAAAAAAUACUUGAUGGGUCCAAACUUGUUGGCUUUCUUUAGGUGAAUCCCCUUUGCCCAAAAUUUGCCAUCUUUGGGGUGGGGGUGGUGAUAAAAAAAAUUAUGGUGUGUCGUCAACCCAUUAGAAGAUGAUGGAGAGUGAACAUGAAACCCUCUUGAGAUACUCAAAUGUUCUUUACUCUUAAUCACUGGCAACUAACAAUAACCUCAAAAUGCCCAUCACCUCCAACUCUUCAAUCAGCAAGGAAUGUCAGAUUUCAGGGUUUCAAGGCAGUGGAUUUCUUGUUAACCUUAAUCUUUAGAGAGGUGGACAUUUCCAAGCAUUUAUGGCACAAGGAAGUUAUAGUGAUCUUUCAGUAACCACUACUUUGUAUCUCCUAGGCCUGGAUGAAUGAAAAAUUUGCUCCUGAGCUUUUGGAAAGCAAAGCAGACCUCGUAGAGUGCAUGCUGGAUCAGAUCAAAGAAAUGGUGAUUUUAGAAAUGAAUAUUUGACUUUAGUUUGUGUUAUGUCUUAUUAUAUUUCUUAGUUAGUUGCUAUGCUCUGACAAGUCAAUUUAGCAGGCUGUAAAUUCAAAAUUUUGUUCAAGUUGAAAUGUUCCUCAGAGAUAUAAUAAAUUUCUUACUAACCUAGUUUUCUUGGUGUGUACUGACUGUAAGUUACAAAACCUAAUUUUUUUCCACCGGGAUUUAUGGUUUGUGUGCUUUACACUUGGGUCAUAAAUCAGAGCAGAAAAAAAUUGGUCUGUAACUUACAGGUCAGACCUUGAACAUGGUUAAGAGGUAUGUAUACUUUUCAUAUUCAAAGACCUAAUAAUUUGACUUUGCUCACUUCUGUUAUCAGUUCCUAUCCACAUAUCAGCACUUUAAGCUGUGACUGUUUAGUACCUCUUAUCACCGCCUUAAAUCACUUGGAAUUCUUGAAAAUUCAACCAGUAAAAGGAUUGAAAAUUCCUAAAAUAAUAAAGGGGACUGGCACUGUAGUCAGUUACUUAAUUUUAUUUAGUAAUACUAAUGUUACCCCUUAGUUUAUCAGUUUUUGUUUUUGUGUCAGGAAGGAAAUUUAAAGAAAAUAAAGCAGGGAGAUGUUGUAGCAUCAUUGCAUAAAUUAGAGGUGAGACUGAUAUUUUCUCACACAAUAAAACACUCUUCACAUUGCCUCUAAAAUGUGGCCUGUGAACUACUUUGAAUUGUUCUGCAUCGUCAAAGUUAUCAAUUAUUUAAGCUGUGAACAGCAGUUUAUAGCUACACGUGACUUAUUCUUGCUUUAUUUCAUAGAUUGACAGAAUACGAUUUGUACUGUGUAGUUACACAAGAACAAGGUUAGAAAAGGUAAGUAUUAUAUCACUGUCACACAAUUUCAAGUUUUUGCUGUUGUUUUCAAGCUUCACUAUGUUGUGAAAUUUUAUCUUCUAGAUUGAAAAGCAUGUUGUCCAUGUGCUUGAACAGGAAGCAGCAAGAGAAGAAAAUGAACCCUCAUGUUUGUCUCCAGAAGAACUUCAGUAUGCCAAGGAGUGAGUCAACUGGCUAUCUCGCUUUAAAUAGUAGACAUCUCUGGGUUGUGGAUUUGAUUAUUUUGCAGUUUAACUUAAACAAUGCUGAGGUAUUUCUUUUAAGUGUAAAAGUGUUAAACUAAGCUAAAAAAAUGCUUCUCAACAAAUAAAUUUAAUUUUUGUUUUUAAAGAUAUGCAGACAACAUGGAAGGUCUGUUGAAAUCAUUGGCAUUGCAACACAUGCCAGCCAACAUGCAGAAUAUUGAUAGAAAAAAAGCAGGUGAGUAUGAAUAUUAAAAGGGAGCUUCCACUUAGGGCUCACUAUUAAGAUACUGUUAUGUUGAAGAGCUGUUGUUUUGUUAAAGAGGACAAAGAGUCCCAAAACGUUUUUCUUAUUGUCUUAGCACAUAUGUUUUUAAUGGAUCAAUUAAACCAUAUUUUUUACCUUCUGCAAUCUGCUAAUGAAUUGAAACUAACCUCUAGUCAUUAUGACACAUUGUAGUGUGUCAUUGGCUUAAAGCUAUCUUAAUUUUGCAAAAAAAGAUUUUAUUAUACUGAUUGUACUUUGGUAAUGAAUUUACUGAGGUCACUAAAUUCACUUUUAAGUGAAAAGCACAGCCUACUAACAUACAAGAGUUUUUUUGUUAGAGUCUGUAGUGUUGCUAUGGUAGCCUUCCAUGUGAAAAAAAUAUCACAAUUAUUCAACAGUAGUUGGUCAAAAGUUUCAAAUAGUUAAAAGGAAAAAUAAUAAGAGACAUGACAGCAUUGGGUCAUGAACUAAUAAAGGUUAGAUUAUAAUGGAAAAGUUUUAAGCUGUGUUAAAGGAAAAGGUGGCAAAUUUCUUGUUGCACUGAUGUUAGGACGCUGUUCAAUGCCUAUAUUAUUUCUUGCAACAGUUGAAAAUCACCUUUAGUGUAUGACCCUUCAAAUAUAGUUGUCACCAUGUGGGGCAAAGAGUGAUUGUUAUCAAAUGAAUUUCUUUUCAGUUCCACGGCCAAACAUGGACAAAUAUGUGUUUUUAAAGGUUCUGGAAAAUCAGGAACAAAUCAUGAUAGAUCCUGAGUGAGUAUUAUUAGUGCAACCCUAACUUUGUGCGACUUGUAGGUCCACUUCAGCCUUGAAGAUCGACUGUAUUCAAACUUCAUGUAUUCUCUUACUAAUUCAUCUGCAGUUGCAAAAUGGAUAAAUUCCGUGACCUCGUGCUGCUAUUGAUCUUACACUCACUAUUGUUACCUUCCUUUGCUUGUUUUCAUAGUGAGGAACCCAUUGACUUAGAGGACAGAGCACAAUAUAUCAUGCGUUACAGCGCUGUAGCACCACUUCUCACCAAUGGAUCCGUAUCUCUUCUGUGAUACUUGGAUGAACUGUGUUUUGUCUGUCUACUUUGACUGAGAUGUUUAAUGUUUACAAACAGUGAUUGCAGACAAAAGAUUUUCGGCUGCGAUUUUAACUUUGUAGGUUGCUUGAGGGAACUGGAUAGCCGAGAGGCUUCGCGUAAGAAAAUUCAUGAGCGAAAUUUUUAUCCACUUUCCUCAAUUCCUAUUUUCAAGCAAGUUUCCCUCGACGCCUUAUUACAGUAUAACUAUUGUUUUCUUUAUUACAAGUGAAAACGGUUUUUUCUUUCUUUGAAAGAGAGAAGAUUCAUCAAUACUUCAAUUCUUUCUGGUCACUGGAGUUAAAAAUCUUUGCUCGCCAGACUCUCCCGGCAUUCCUGUACAACGUAGUGCCCUUUGCAACAAUCCUAUGGAGAGAGAGAUUGCGUGCAACUUAGACCAAAAAUUUUGCUGCUCUCCAACACCUGAGAGGAGAUAGAGGUGUUGAAACCCAUAUUGCAUAAUUAGGGAGAGUGUCUCCCUUUUUUCUUCGGCUCAAGAACGUCGUUUUUUUCUGCUUGUCGCAACGUGCGAAUUUUUGAAGUAUUAUUUUGCAAGAUAUAGCUGAUCUCCUCUAUUAUGCAACCAGCGAAUUUUGACCGAAUUGUGGAAAAUAUAGCACUUUGAUGUAGUUAUUACAAGAACGGAAACUUUGGGAAAUUUAUACAAAAGUUUUUGUACUAAUUAACAUCAGUAUGGCUGAGUGGAACUAAUUUCAAAAGCGUCCAAUAGAGUUCUUAG